CGAGGGGUUCUAGGUCACUUGAGGUUAAAAGGUCAACUUGUGGGAAUACGUAACUCAGUUUUGUUCAGAUCAGGCGCACAGUUGCAAGAUAAAGUUUAAAAGGAAGGUUACUGUCAUUACCGAUGUAGAAUAGGAUAUAACGUCACAGAUAGUACAAGACAAAGAAGGUCCACCAUGAGCAAAGUGAAGGAACUGUGGACCAGAUACAGAGUAUUGAUAGUGAUGAUCCCCAGUAUCAUUGGGGUGCACUGGGGGUGGAACGAGCUUCAGAAGAGCGGAAUAUUAGACUCUACAGACAGACAGCAGCAGGAAGGUCCAUUCCUGCCCUCCGUGCCUCCUCCAGCCAUCAUCAUGCCGCCCAUGCCAGACUUCGAUUAGAUGAAGAAAGAUCAGAAGUAGAGUAAAUGCUAAUGUAGGUAAAGAUGUCUAGAGUGAUUCCUUCUCCUAAGCAGCAGUCUUCAAUUGUCAAUCAGUCAUUGAAGGACCCUAAAAAUGCACAGGCAAUUUCUACAUUCAGAGCCUUAGUCCAAUCCUGCUAUGGUCCUACAGGGAGGCUGAAAAUGAUCCACAAUGCGAGUGGUGGACAUGUCACCACAACUUCCACAUCUCAGACUUUGUUUCGUACUAUGUCUGUGAGCAACCCGGUGGUGAAGCUGAUUGUAUCCGCCGUGCAGUCUCACACCAAUCAGUUUAGUGAUGGCGGACUGUUCGCUGCCCUUCUUUGUUCACUUCUAGUAGAGUCAUGUCUGGCGCUACUAGUCCCGCAACAAGCUGCCGCAAAAAUAAACGAAGAAGUGUUGCAUAUCUGUUUGGAAUAUUUGCAGAGUGAAAAUUGUCUUUGUAAGGCUAGUUUGAAUGUUGGUGAUGCAACCAUGAUGCUAGCUUUAGUCAGGAGCGUGCUUGGUUCCAAGCCUGCCCUCAUGUUGAAUUUAGAUGAUUUGAAUUUUUUAAGUAGAUUAGUUCUGCAGGCUUUUCUUAAGUCCAUUCCCGACACACCUAGUGGGACUCUUAGUCUAUCUGACAUUGAGUAUAUAUGCGUAGAGGGAUGUUCCAUUAACAAUUCACGUCUGGAGGAGGGGGUCUUGUUUGAGACUCCUAAAAUCACAAAACAAUACUUGGCUAAGGUAAAACCUAGAAAAGUACAUCUCCAAGGAGGAACAGAAACCAUCAAAGUUGCCCUGUUUAACACAUCUCUGUCGGGGGAUAGUGAUGAGUUCAUAGACACUGCCUACGAGGCAGACGUCAGCAUAUCUGGGGAUGAGUCAGUACUCCGGCACCUGAUGCAGGUGGCAGCACACCUGGUGCAGCUGCAGGUGGGAGUGUUGGCAUGUCAGAAGGUGGUCCAUCCAGGUGUGCAGAAAUACCUGGCUGAGAAUGCAGUCCUGACUGUGGACAGACUGGGAAGUCUGCAUAUUGUAGCCGUACAGAGGCUGACAGGUGCAACAGCAAUUGGCACAUUACAUGCCACCAUCAAUGAAGACAGCAUUGGCCACCUGCAAAGUGUGAGCACAGUCCAGAUACAGCAGAAAAACUACCUACACCUGCAGUCCUCUACCAGUGCUGUGACCACCCUGGUGCUGUGUAACAGGAACGAGGCAGCCCUACAAGAAAUGAAGGAUGUUUGUAUUACAGCCCACCAUGUCCUGUGCCAGACCCUAAGGUCCCCACUUGUCCUGUGUGGAGGGGGCUGUACAGAAACACACCUGGCAGCACACCUCAGAACUCAGGUCACAAUGAAAGAGGAGACUCUGCUUGCAAAGCUCGGCUGUUCCAAAGCUCAACUGUACACCACUGCCAACAACUUUGCACGCUGUCUGGAACAAGUGGCCAUUGCACUGGAGCAUGAUGGGGGAUGUCAUGUGUCAGACCCUGUCAAUCAUCACCACUGGCUCCUCCCACCCUGGGCCUCCACCAUGGUUCCUGCUGAGGCAGGUGUGAAAACAUGUGCGUGUGGAAUGGUAAAAUCAGAUGAAAUUGACAGCUGCUCACUCAUUGGUCACCUCAGCAACCAAUCCCUGACAUCCUCUGUUCCAGAAGGUCAUGGUAAACAUGAUGAUGACAAAGGCAAUUGCAGUCUAAGUUUGACAGGUUACAUGGACCAGGCAGCACACAAUGGUGUUGAGUCUAGUACUUCAAAUGUUGUGUUGGACUCAUUUCCUGUGAAGUUGAAUGCCUUUGUCAUAGCUGUCGAGACAGCUGACAUGAUACUGACUGUUAACAGGACCAUUUUUGACAAAAACUAAAUUCUUUAAAAAAAAAAGCAGAGGUCAGGAAGUGAGAAGUGAAAAUUGUAAGGAUUUAUAAGACAAUUGCAGAAAUGAUUUAUUAGUUUCAAACUUUGAAUCACAGGUGCAUCUGAUGAAUUGCAUGAAUUAUAUACGUGAAUAUUUGUUGUUUUGGAUAGACGAGACUAGUAUUUUUUUCAAGCCAUGAUUAAACUCUUCUCAUUCUUCACAUUUUUGCUUUGUCUUGAAUGUCUUCUAAAUCCUGCUGUUUGUGUAUAUUGGUGCCAAGGCCAGCCCCCCAUGUCCAAGCUCAGAUUUCAGUUGUUUUCAAAACAUCUUAACCCAAUAAACGUCCUUGUCCCUAUUGUUGACAAAAUAGCUUCACGCAUGUUUAGAUUCUGGACAAAAAGGUGUUAAUGAAAAGCCGAGGUCACACAUUCUUGUUUUACAUGCACGAUGUGGUAUUGAAUAAAGUAGCCAAAGGGUGGCUCAAAAUAUGAGACCGCGCCAUUUUGGAAAAGGGGUGAAAAGGGUAUAUCCUGCUUAAACCAGUAAAAUGAUGUGACAACUGCCAGUGAUGAGAAAUUGUGAGUGACUGACAAUACACAGCUGAAAAUGUCCCAUUGCAAUCUAUCUUAUCAUGUUCCCCAGAGUAUACAUGUAUCUCUCUUCAGUACAAAAGGGAUUUGCUUUUAUACUGUUAAUCUUUAAAAUUUGUGGUGGUUUAUUUUCACAGUGAUCUUUACAUGACAUAAUAUAAUACCAGGAUUUCCCCUGUAUUACUAGAUGAAUCAUACUUCAGAAUUGUUUCAACCGCAAACUUAAAACAAAUGUGUAUUCCCUUCUACCACAAAAAUAUAUGGAUUUACAGUAUACAAAUGUACUAGGAACAUGCUUUUAUAUAUUAGUCAUGUCCCUAGACUAAAAGCCAAUUCAAUGCCCCUUUCUUAUAGUACCUAUAACAUUGUGCAGUGCCCAAUGCUUGGCAUAUGGUGCCUAUGUGUAAGCGAGGAAUGACUCAUACCUUAAUACCAACAAGGGAUUAUGAAUGGCCAUAAGGGAAUUUGGCAGAAUGCCAGAUGGCCUUCCAACUGCUAUUUUAGCUUGCUAAUUGUGUAAGUGACAGUGAUGGUUUGGCAUUGCCUCAUCCUAUAUUCUAGACUUAAUCUAAUCAAGGAUUAUGACAUCCGUAAUAUAUAUGCGGAAACAGUACUUUACAAUCUGUAUGCUGCUGCUAUCGUGAAAGUAUUUUACAAUGCCAAUGUUAUUGUUAAAUACAUUAUUUGUAUUAAACUAGCAUAUUUGACCCUUGCUUCAGAGUCAUGUCAUGAUCAAAGCCUACCGUGUGCCAUGUUUGCAAUUCUUAUCUUCUGAAAAAUAGCGUCUUUUUAUGGCAUAAGUAAAGAUAGUAGAUGCUAGGCUAUUUGCCAAUAUACUGACAAAACGACUUGAGCAUUAGUAGUAGUACUUAGUGCUAUUACGUUCUUAUCAAACUUGAUGUUCGAUUUUCACUACACAUCGUCAGAAUCUGUUGCCCAUUAUUUAUGAUAUCCAUGUAAUAAAAUUACUGUAAUCAAUCCUUGAA